AUGGGCACGGAACAUGCCACAACCGUAAUUGAAGAAGUUGAUAAAUUGCUGGAGGUUAGGACAAUUAGAGAAGUUACAUACCCCAUCGGGUUAUCUGAUACUGUUGUGGUGAAGAAGAAGACGGGAUCAUGGCAUGUUUGUGUAGAUUUUAUAGAUUUAAAUAAGGCCUGCCUAAAAGAUUGUUUUGCCCUGCUGCAAAUUAAUCAACUCGUAGACGCAAUCGCCCAGCACCAACGCAUGAGUUUCUUGGAUGUUUACAGGGGUUACCAUCAAAUCACCAUGGAUCCUGCUGAUGACAAGAUGACGUUCCUUACACCAAGGGAGACCUACUACUACAAGGUAAUGCCUUUUCGAUUGAAGAACACCGGUGCAACUUACCAAAGAUUGGUCACAAGCAUGUUCAAAAACCAACUCGGCAAGACUAUGGAGGUCUAUAUCGACAACACGGUAGUGAAGUCCAGAGCAAAGGGGGACCAUUUAGCUAACCUUGCUACGACAUUCGACAUUCUCCUCGCUACUAACUACUUCACGAAAUGGGUGGAGGCCGAACCAUUGACACAUGUAAGGGACACCGAUGUCAAACGUUUUGUAUGGAAGAAUAUUAUCACCCGGUUCAGUAUACCCAAGGCACUUAUCUCCGACAAUGACACUCAAUUCGAUUGCGGAGUUUAUCGAGAGUUGUGCAAUAUGUAUAGAAUUCGACCCUACUUCUCGUCACCCGUUUACCCUCAAAGUAACGGCCAGGCCCAAGCCUCCAAUAAAGUAGUCCUGGAUGGUAUCAAAAAGCACUUGGAGAAAGCUAAAGGCAAAUGGCUUAAAGAGCUCCCAACUGUGCUGUGGGCCCAUCGAACUAUGCCGCGAAAGUUUAUAGGUGAAACGCCAUUUGCUCUAUGUUUUGGUAAUAAGGCCAUUAUCCCUCUUGAAAUUGGCUUGCCAACUCUUUUCUCAAGGGCUUUCGAUACUAGUUGUAACGACAUGAUGCUGGCCUUGGAUAUAGACUUACUUGAAGAGUGCCAAGAUCAAGCUCUUGUCGGCAUGAUAUAG